AUGACUGAAGCUCGAUAUUUUAUAACUUCUAAAUGGACAACUGGUCUGAUUCUGGGUUCACAUGGAAUACAUGUUGCAAAACUCCCGGCAUGCAGUUUUGAAAUACAACCUAAAAUUAAUCUUUUGAAAACCGAUAAAUUACGAGUAAAACUAAUAUUUUCCACAAAACGAAAAAAUACUUUCUUGUUAAAAAAUCAUGUUGAUCCAAAUAUCACUAAUUUAGAGCAGAUUGCUCUGGUAUCUAGCAUCGAGAAUGGGUUUAAUUUGUUAAAAAAUUCUUCAAUUAAUGAAUCCCCCGUGGAUGAUGUUUACAUUGAAGUUCAAAAUUCCAGAGUCAUAUUAGACUUUAAAAUAGAGACAGCCAGACCAUCAGAAAGAUUGACGGAUGAUAUGAAAAAGGCAUUGGAACAUCAUAAUCCACAUCAAGAAUUAAUUGAAAUAUUUAAAUUUUAUGGAUAUUUCUUGCCUAGAAAAAUCAUCCUUGGGAAUAAGUUAUAUAGAAUAUCUCACUCAACUGAAAAAAAUUCAACGGAACAAAGAAGUGAUCAGACGGAAUAUAUGGUAUUUGAUGAAUUUCUUUUAAAAAGCAAAGGCAUUUUAAACCAUUGGGAAAGUUGUAUGAAAUCACAUAAUUUUGACGCAAGUUAUUUGUUAUCAACAAAUGGAAAAAUAGUUACAAAAAGUAAUCUAAAUAAUUUUAUUUCUUCUUGGUCGACAAACGAUGUUGAUAUUGACUCGUUAGAAGUUGUCGACUGGAACGAAUUGUAUCCGUUAUAUAAAAUAUUCGAUAAUACUUUACAAAAAGAAAUAGAAAAUAUUCUCGGAAUUGAUGACCGAUCAAAAAUAUCCGGAAUUAAAGAAAAGGUUCUUAUGGCAGGAGUGAUAUCAGUUAAUGAUUCCGUUUGCUGCUAUCGUGUAAGCUUUCCUUAUCUUUUGGAGUCUAACGAUUAUCAAAUUUUUGGAAACCUUGUGGCACAAAAUGAGAGAUCAAUUAAGCCAAUUGAUCAAGCUAUUAUCAAAUUUGAAAACAUGAACAUGCACGGGUUCUCUGUAAAAAUCGAAAACUUUAAUGAUAUCAGAGAAAGCAUAUUUUCAUGUUUACAAAUAACUUGGAUACUAAUUGGGAAGCCAUCUAAAGUAGGAUUUUAUAGUAAAAGUACACGAAGUAUCUCUUUAUUAGAUCUAGGGCAUACUUCAUUUAAACCAAAAAAAGGCAAUUGGAAUGGUCGAUUAGAGAUUAAAGGCGAUUUGCCAACAGAUUCGAUUCUCGUAACGUCAUUUAAGUGCCUCCAACAACCAAAUUGUGUACCAACAUUCGUAGCUAACAUUCGGAGCUUUUACAAAGACAGAAAUGAAAUUAAUAUUACAGUUACUGAAUCUAAAUAUUCUAAUAAUAAUCUUGAACAAGAAUUCGAAUAUUUACUUGAAUGGUGCAUCAUUCUUCCCGGACAUCAAGAAAUUAAAAGCGCCAAUGAUAAUUUAAUCCCAAUUGUGACUAUGGCCCAUUUAAAAUCUACAGGUCAGAAUAUUUAUACAUGUAGCCAAUUUUCAGAUACAAAUAGUCUUCUAGAUUUUAGUAGUUUACCUUCUACAAAUAAAGAGCUAGUCGAUGAUUCUAAGACUUUCAAUUUACAAAAUGCAAGUGACGAUUAUAACUCAGACUAUAUUGACAAUAAAGGUCUUUCUGCUCAUAGUUCAGCUCGCAGUUCCACUCAUACUAUUUCACAAUAUGAUACUAGUCCUCUUGAUACUAGACAGCUAGAAGAUCAUACCACUUCACUUCAUCCAAAUGCAAAAAAUGAUAACGAAGAAGUACCAAAAGGAAAUAAUAGUCCAGCCGUUUCAAAUGAAGAUCCUACUUCGUUUAGCUCCACGCAUCCUAUUUCUCAAUAUGAUAUUGAUGUUAAACAACUAGAAGAACAUCUCGAUUCAAAACAUUCACCUACAAAAAUAAAAAAUGUUGUCAAAGAAGGAAAUAAUAGCCCUGUCAAUUCAGAUUCUGAAUAU